AUGGGUCGCUGGUCUCAAUACGACACAGACGAGGAACGCCUCCCUUCGGGGAUGGAGCGCAUCGGCUACGACGCCGACGAGGAGAUCUACACCUUCCGUGACAGCGACGGUAGUAUCUGGCAGAGCGCUCCGGGCAGCCGCUACGGUCAAUUGAGGCGCGUCUCUGGGCCUCCGGCGCAACCGGAACGCUUCGACCAAGACAUCGACCUCGAGGGCUCCCCGCCGCCGCCAUACGAAUCAGCCGAACCCGAGGUGUCUUGGCGUCACGAGAUGAUGCCUCUGUUCAACUGGUUUCUGGUGAUUGGUCUCUUUCUGCUCGGCGUGUUCUGGUACCUGAACAAGGCGGCGGCGGGUGAGAGGACUGUACCUGAGGUGCACUGCAGCGACCGGGCUAUUCCGUAUUCGAUUCGUCCUGGGGAUACUUGCUGGGCGCUUGCUGAGAAUAGGGGGGUUUCACUUGACGUAUUUCUCGAAGUGAAUGUGGGACUCGACUGUGAUAAGCUGGGGAUUGGGGAGACCGUGUGUUUGCCGAAGAACACCUGA